CUCUGCCUCCCUCCCACCUCAUAAAACAGGAAGAUAACUUAGCCGAAACCCAUUUUGGGAACAUGAAAACCUGACAGAACAUAGAAAAGAUUUAAUUUCUAACGGACUAUCCGCCUAGAUACACCGCUUUGAGGGCAGAAAACGGCUGUUUAGGUUAACGGUCAGUUAGCUGCAACGGCUUUUUUUUUGGCUGCUGCGGUUUUAGCUCGUCGCGUUAGCUCGUUUGCUAACUUCAACAUAAAUCCGGAUUGAGGUUCUUCACAGCUGGUUUGGUUGCGCAAGACGACAAGCGAGUCUCUUAAAACACCUUUAAACAUUUCAACAUGGGAUCAAGAGCGUCCACGUUACUCCGAGAAGAGGAGAUCGAAGAAAUUAAGAAGGAGACUGGAUUCUCCCACAGUCAGAUCACUCGCCUGUACAGCCGCUUCACCAGCCUGGAUAAAGGAGAAAACGGCACCCUCAGUCGAGAAGAUUUCCAAAGGAUCCCGGAGUUGGCCAUCAAUCCUCUGGGAGACAGAAUCAUCAAUGCGUUCUUCCCUGAGGGGGAGGAUCAGGUAAACUUCAGGGGCUUCAUGCGCACCUUGGCUCACUUCAGGCCGAUCGAGGACAAUGAGAAGAACAAGAACGCUGCAGCCAGCGAGCCUCUCAACAGCAGGACAAACAAGCUGCUCUUUGCUUUCCGUCUGUAUGACCUGGACAGAGAUGACAAAAUCUCUCGGGAUGAGCUGCUGCAGGUCUUACGGAUGAUGGUUGGUGUAAACAUUUCAGAUGAACAGCUUGGCAGCAUCGCUGACAGGACCAUACAGGAAGCUGACACAAAUGGAGAUAACUCCAUUUCCUUCAAUGAAUUCAUCAAGGUCUUGGAGAAGGUGGACGUGGAACAGAAAAUGAGCAUCCGGUUCCUACACUAAAUUAAUACCUUCUCUUUUAUUAAUUUUUUUUAUUUUGAGUAGAGCUUCAACAUGUCAGUUGAUGUCAGAAUACAACCUCAUCCAGCUUCUCAGCAGGCUGCUGUGGCCCACACUACGAGUAGUAAACGCUGUCAGACCGAGCAUUAGGUAGAUCAUGUCAUAGAUCUGGAGUUUCUGCCUCUGCACUGCUCUGUAAACAAAGGGAAAAGUUGCGUGCCUUGGGUUGUUUUAUGCAAUGUCACUAUGUUUUUUUUCCCAGUAGUGGAACAUUAUUUAUUAGAAAACUUUUAGAGGGUCACAGUUAGUACCACUGCUGUUCCACUUUUCACAUGAAAACGAUUUCUAGAGCACGGUACAAUGAAGCUUUUUGCUAUUGCGGUGAGUAAGUUUACUCUUGCUGUUCCAUGGGUAGUUAGCACACGUUGCGUCUUUGUCCAUCUAAAUAUGCAAUAGUUCAAAGCGAGACAUUUGAGAUGUGAUUUCACUCCAAAACAGACAGUGUUUUUAAUGCUAACAGGAUCUUAUGACUCCUUUUCUUUAACUUGUGGCAGAGCAAGUCAGACCAGCUGGCUUGAAGUUUGUCCCUUGAGGCAUAGCAGGACCUGCUCCACAGAUUUUUGUGUUUUACUCACUGAAGUGCCAUGGCUAAGGUUCCCCCUUUGUAAGUUAUUAUCUCAACAGUGAACUGGAACCUGAGGCCAUGUUUGUGUUUUAUUUUAUUUUCAUAUGGGUUAACCUAGCUACUGCCAAUAGAUUGUAAUUACCUGUUUCAGUUGUUGGACUUCAACCAAAGUAAGUUUGACCCUCUUAACCACCUCGGGCCUGUUGGCUUUGCAAUGUAAGACUGUGGCGAUCAGAAUAUGGAUUUCACACAACUUGCCGCCAUCUUUUGGCUAGUAUGUGUGUGUUUUCCCUUGCACCUUUUUUUUUAGUGCAGUUGCAAAAUAAGGAUUUAGCUGCCACUGUGCCCCUCCGAUCGAGUCUUAAAAAAGCUCUUGCGGACCAGUUAGUUAUGACUUGGAACAGGUAAACUCAUAACGUACUAUACUUUUAUUUAUAUAAUCAGUUUCUGCAUUGGGCUCUGAAUUUUUUUGUUUUUGUUUUUGUUGAUGUAUGCACUGCUCAACAUUUAUCUGGCAAUUUAUUUCCCCAAUGACUAGUUCAACAUGCUAAAGAGAAUCAAAUGCAUUCAAAAUUUAUUUUCUGUACAGGCUUGUGUACAUGAAAUGUGGAAUGUCUGACCCUUUAAUCUUUAAUGUGCGUUUGUUAAAUCGUUACCAGAACACCCUCCAGCAGCUGAGAGCAGGAAAUACAACUUAUUAAUCAUUAUGUGAUUACCAAUCAGAUGUGGUUCACAUGUUAUGUGAUGUUGGUCUAGGUAUUAUCAAAAUGAUUCAUGAAUUUGAUUUGAAUAAAUUAAGUGCCAUGCUUUCUUUGGGUCAUUCAUUGGCGAAGUAGCUUUGUGGUUUAACUCUUAUGUCUGGUUUUAUUUUAGUUCUUAGACUGGUUGUUACACUUGUGUUAUCAACCAUUAACUGCUGUCACUAUGAUAAAGACAUAAAUGUACAUAAUAACAAAUGAAAUACGUAUUUGAUGUUCCCUUAACAAAUAAAAUAAAUGAAUAAUAAAUUCAUG